AAUGCGUGUUACGUCACUAUGCGAUCGGAUUGUGCUCAGUUUACCGUCUCCUGGCCCGUUGAUGCGUCAGUUUGCUGUUUACCUGCAUCUGAUGCGCUGUAUCCUGUGCUGGCAGCGUGAGCCGUAGGGACGACACCGGGAAACCCCUGAGGCCAGAAAAUGGACUCAGUGGCUUUUGAGGAUGUGUCUGUGAACUUCAGCCAGGAGGAGUGGGCCCUGCUGGCUCCUUCACAGAAGAAACUCUACAGAGAUGUGAUGCAGGAAACAUUCAAGAACCUGGCCUCUAUAGGGAAAAAAUGGGAAGACCAGAACGUUGAAGAUCGGCACAAAAACCAGGGGAAAAAUCUAAGAAGCCAUAUGGUGGAGAGACUCUGUGAGAGUAAAGAAGGUAGUCAAUGUGGAGAAACCUUCAGUUCCAGUCUCUGUGUGACCAAGAAGACUGCCAGAGUAAAAUUAGAUGAAUGUACUGUCUGUGGAAAAGUCUUCAUGCGUCGUUCGUCCCUUACUAGACACAUGAGGUCUCACACUGGAUAUGAGCUAAUUGAGAAGCCAUAUAAAUGUAAGGAAUGUGGGAAAGCCUUUAGUUAUCUCAAAUCCUUUCAAAGACAUGAAAGGAGUCACACUGGAGAAAAACCCUAUAAAUGUAAACAAUGUGGAAAAACCUUCAUAUAUCAUCAACCCUUUCAAACACAUGAACGGACUCACAUUGGAGAAAAACCCUAUGAAUGUAAGCAAUGUGGGAAAGCUCUUAGUUGUCCCAGUUCACUUCGAAUUCAUGAAAGGAUUCAUACUGGAGAAAAGCCCUAUGAAUGUAAAAAAUGUGGGAAAGCCUUCAGUUGUCCCAGUUCUAUUCGAAUACAUGAAAGAACUCACACUGGAGAGAAACCCUAUGCAUGUAAGGAAUGUGGGAAAGCCUUCAUUUCCCACACAAGUGUUCUAACACACAUGAUAACGCACAACGGAGAUAGACCUUAUAAAUGCAAGGAAUGUGGGAAGGCAUUCAUUUUUCCCAGUUUUUUACGAGUACAUGAAAGAAUUCACACUGGAGAAAAACCCUAUAAAUGUAAACAAUGUGGUAAAGCCUUCAGAUGUUCCACUUCCAUUCAAAUUCAUGAAAGAACUCAUACUGGAGAGAAGCCCUAUAAAUGUAAAGAAUGUGGGAAAUCUUUCACUGCACGCCCAGCCUUUCGAGUACACCUCAGAGUCCAUACUGGCGAGAAACCCUAUAAGUGUAAAGAAUGUGGGAAAGCCUUUAGCAGGACCAGUUACUUUCGAAUACAUGAAAGGACUCACACUGGAGAAAAACCCUACGAAUGUAAAAAAUGUGGGAAAACCUUCAAUUAUCCUCUAGAUCUGCAAAUCCACGAGAGGAAUCACACUGGAGAAAAACCCUAUGAGUGUAAGGAAUGUGCAAAAGCCUUCAUUUCUCUUGAAAACUUUCGAAGACACAUGAUCACACACACUGGAGAUGGACCUUAUAAAUGUAGAGACUGUGGGAAGGCAUUCAUUUUUCCUAGUGCGUUACGAACACAUGAAAGAACUCACACUGGAGAGAAACCCUUUGAAUGUAAACAAUGCGGAAAAGCCUUUAGUUGUUCCAGUUACAUUCAGAUCCAUGAAAGAACUCACACUGGGGAGAAACCUUAUGAAUGUAAGGAAUGCGGGAAGGCCUUUAUUUAUCCCACAAGCUUUCAAGGACACAUGAGAAUGCACACUGGAGAGAAACCCUAUAAAUGUAAAGAAUGUGGGAAGGCCUUUAGUCUUCACAGUUCCUUUCAAAGACAUGAAAGAAUUCACAGUUGUGAGAAACCUCUUGAAUGUAAGCAAUGUGGUAAAGGCUUCAGUUUAUCCACGUCCUUGCAAAAACAUAUGAGAAUGCACACUCGAUAGAAACUCUAUAUAUGUGAGAAAUAGGGGAAAGUUUUCACUUCUAACAGAUACUUUCAAAGUUAUGAAAAUUUCCACUGAAGAGAGAAAUCCUAUAAAUGUAAGUAAUAUAGAAAUCGAGAUACAGGAUAAUUCAUGUACAGUCAGGUACCACAUAAUCGUGUUUCAGUUAGCAAUGGACCAUAUAUAAGUUGGUGGCCCCUUAAGAUUAUAUAAACAGCUAAAACAUUUCUACCACCUGCGAUUUAGUAGCAGUAGUAACACCACAGCACAGCACAUUAAGUGUUUAUGGUGAUACUUCUGUAAACCUGUUGCAUUUCCAGUUAUAUAAAAGUACAACAGCUGGGUCUGGUGGCUCACACCUGUAAUCCUAACACUGGAAGACUAAGGCAGUAGGAUUACUUGAUGCUGGGAGUUUGUGACUAGCCUGGUCAACAUAGACCCCCAUCUCUACAAACAAUAAAAACAUUUUCUAGGUAUGGUAGCACGCCCUGUAGUUCCAGCUACGUGGAAGGCUGGGGCAGGAGAAUUGCCUGAGCCCAGGAGUUUGAGGCUAUAGUGGAACAAGAUCACAGGAUGGCAGUCCAGCAUGGGUGAUAGAAUGAGACUCUGUAUAAAAAAAAAAAAAAAAAAGGCUAGAUUCGGUGGCUCACACCUAUAAUCCCAGCACUCCGGGAGGCUGAGGUGGGAGGAUCACUUGAGGUCAGGAGUUCAAGACCAGCCUGGUCAAAUGAUGCAACCUUGUCUCCAUUAGAAAUAUGAAAAUUAGCUAGGUGUAGUGGUGCCCCUGUAGUCCCAGCUACUUGGGAGGCUGAGGCAGGAGAGAAUCGCUUGAACUCGCAAGGUGGAGGUUGCAGUGAGCCGAGAUCCGCUACUGCACUCUAGCCUGGGCGACACAGCGAGACUCCAUCUCAAAAAAAAAAACUACACAGCACAUAGCAUUAUGUGCAAUAUAUACUUGAUAAUAAAUGGCUAUAUUACUGGUUUAUAUAUCUACAAUAUUGUUUUAGAAUGUAUUCCUAUUUUUUUAACAGUUAACUGUAAGACAGUCUCAGGCAGGUCCUUAAGGAGAUAUUCCAGAAAAAAAGGGAUUGUUAUGAUAGGAGAUGACAGCUGCAUGUGUGUGAGUGCCCCUGAAUGUCUUCCGGCGGGACAAAAUGUGGAGGUGGAAGACAGUGAUACUGAUGAUCCUCACCCUGUGUAGUCCUAGACUAAUGUGUGUUUGUGUCUUAGUCUUUAAUAAAAAUAAAUAGAAAAAAACUUACAGAAUAUGGACAAAAUAUUUUUGUACAGCUGUACGAUGUGUUUCAAGCUAAAUUAUGACAAAGUUUUUUUUAAAAGUUUAUAAAGAAAAUAACGUACAGUAAGUUAAGGUUUAAUAUUGAGGAAAAGGUGUUUUUAAUGAAUGUAGUGUAACCUAAGUGUACAAUGUUUAUAAAUUCUGCAGUAGUGUACAGUAACAUCCUAGAACCUCACAUUCACUCACCAUUCACUCACUCACCAGAGCAACUUCCAGUCCUGCAAGCUGUGUUCAUGGUAAGCAUCCUAUGCAGGUGCAUCUUUUUUUGUCUUUUAUACUGCAUUUUUACUUUUGUGUAUUUUAUAUGUUUAGACUCCUACUUAACAUUUUGUUACAAUUUCCCGCAGUGUUCAGUACAAUAAUAUGUUGUACAGGUUUAUAGCCUAGCAGCAAUAGGCUGUACCAUACAAUCCAGAUGUGUUGUAGCUGUACCAUCUAGAUCUGUGUAAAUCCACUUUGUGAUGUUUGUACCAUGAGGAAAUCACUUAACACAUUUCUUGGAACAUGAUUAAGCAAUUUCUGACUAUAUGAUGCUUCAGAAAAUUCACACCAUGAAAGACAUGUUAUAAAAGUUAAGGCCAGGCAUGGCGGCUCACACCUGUAAUCCCAGCACUUUGGGAGACCGAGGUGGGCAGAUCUCCUGAGGUCAGGAGUUUGAGACCAGCCUGGCCAACAUGGUGAAACCCCAUCUCUGCUAAAAAUAGAAAAAUUAGCUGGGUGUGGUGGCAUGCGCCUGUAAUCCCAGCUACUUGGGAGGCUGAGGCAGCAGAAUCAUUUGAACCUGGGAGGCGGAGGCUGCAGUGAGCCAAGAUUGCCCCACUGCAGUCCAACCUGGGCAACACAGCAAGACUCCGUCUCACACACCAAAAAAAAGUUAAAAGUAUUUUUUAUCAGUGACUCAUUCUUCAAGUACAUGUCUGGACUAUGUAUGAAUUGUGACUUAUUUUGCAAGAAAUCUUGGAAGCAGGAUAAUUCUGUAAGAACUCUUUAAGCAGUAGUCAAAAGUUUAAAAGGUUGUGUUUUCUCAUUAAAUCAAUUAGUAAAACUUUU